GAGUGAAGAAGGAACAGGAGUUGCCUGCACAUUUGAAAGGCCUGGUUUCACAUGUCUGUUUCCCCUCUGCUCAACAUUUACUGUAAGCUCAGAGAGAGGGUUAGAGUGAGCGUGAUAAGGUGAUAGGACGAGUGUGAGUGAGAGAAAUCGCAAAGGUAAAGAGAGAUUUAUCUGAAAGUGAGAGACGAACUGACUGUGACUGACUCAACAUUAUCUCAACAAACGCAUCACUUGAAAAGCCAUAGGAUACUGAAAAGACAGAGAUGAGGGCUGUGGCAGUCACCCUCUGGGCCGUGGCUGCGUUAAUGGGAGUCCAUCAGAGCACCCCCCCCCCCUCCUCAGAAAUCCAUACCAUUAUUGUCAACCUCUCCUCCAAAAACAUAUCCGCUGUUCCCAGAAACCUACCUCCAUGCACCGAAGCCCUGGACCUCUCCCAGAACAACAUACACAAACUUGGCCAUGAGGAUUUCCAAGUCACAACUCACCUGAGAUUCCUCAACUUGUCUUGGAAUGUCUUGGAGAAUAUUGAUCCGGAGACGUUUCAUCCCACUCCGCUCCUGGAGAGUCUGGACCUCUCACACAACCAGCUCCAGAACUUAUCUGAUCAACGGUACUUGCUGUUAGCACUGAACCUCAGAGACCUAGAUCUGACCUUUAACAUGUUCCACACCAUGACCCUGGGGGUGGAGUUCCACAGCCUGACGAAGCUGGAGAGACUGGGGCUCGGAGCAAAAAUCAUCAGGGUGGAGGAUUUCAUCAACAUCACUGACGUACACCUGCAAACUUUGACCCUUCGCCUGGAGUAUCUCACAGCCUAUGAGAGUGGCAGCCUGAGUGACGUCCAGGCGGAGAAGGUCAGCAUCGGCCUGACGAACAAACCCACCGAUCGAAAUCUGAUCGCAGACGCCCUGUUGAUGUUCAACGAGGUUGAGCUGAUGGGUAUGAACAUCAAUGGCUUGGUAGCCAGUUACCUGGUGGAACUUGUGAAGGAGAGAAGGGCAGUCAACACCACACAUCUUUACCUGACAAAUAUGGCCAUCACCUGGAAGCACCUGACAAACACCAUAAACGCUGUGUUCGAAUCCCCCAUCAUCCACCUGAGCACUUCAGACGUGGCCAUCCACACUCCACCUGUGAGUGACACCCCAGGAAGAAACACGUCCCACACUAAAUCCUUCUCUGCCAGGCGAGCGGGGGUGGUUAGCUUUUUCUUCUCCCUGGAAGUCCUCUGUAACUUCUUCAUCAACAUGCCAGUGGAGCGUCUGGCGAUGACUGAGACAUCCAUCAUACACAUGACCUGCCCCAAGUUGCCCAGUGGGAUACUGCAGCUAGACUUCUCAGAUUGUGCCUUGGCUGAUACGGUCUUCUCCAGAGUAGAACAGCAAAUCACAGUAGAGUGUACAACCCUGAAUAAAGUAAACAUCCUCGUUCUGAGAGGGAACAACCUCAGGUCCCUUCAAACCCUGAGCAAGAGGGUCCAGAACAUGAUCUCUCUGAGUCACCUGGACCUCAGCCUCAACUCGUUGGUUUACAGCGGCCAGGAAUGCCACUGGCCACCGAACAUUGUCCACCUGAACCUAUCUUCCAAUGGGCUGAGUGAGUCGGUAUUUAGCUGCCUGCCGAAUAGCACCGUCAGCCUGGACCUCCAGAACAACCAGAUCUCCACUGUACCAGAGACCCUGCUGGCCCUGGACUCCCUCCUGGCCCUGGACCUGAGUGCCAACCGGCUGAGGGACCUCCCGGUGUGCGCUGGAUUCCCACACCUUAAGUAUCUCCUUCUCAGGGAAAACUCCCUCCAUGCCCCAUCUGUGAGAGUUCUGGAGACUUGCCCUGUUCUACAGGUUCUAGAUGCCAGCCGAAACCCCUUCACCUGUACGUGUGGCCUGAGGGGCUUCAGCGAUCUGGGUGCUGGGACUGGCCUGGGCAGCGGACACCCUGCAAUCCAACUUCUCCACUGGCCAGGAGCCUAUCGCUGCAGCUAUCCCGAAGCCUGGAGGAACUCCACACUGGAGGGCUUCCAGAUCCCUGAGAUCUCCUGCAAUGUCGGCCUGCUGGCAACGGCCAUCUUGUGCCCGGCAGUGGCUGUUAUCAUUGUUAUGGUGACUCUGUGCCACCACCUGGACAUUCCAUGGUAUCUGGGCAUGAUCCGGCAGUGGACCCGGGCAAAGUACCGUGCCAGGACCCAGCAGGUCCGGCCCGAGGAACUGGAGGGGGUGGUGUUCCACGCCUUUGUGUCCUACAGCCAGCAUGAUGCAGAUUGGGUCAAGGGCCAGCUCUUGCCUAAUCUGGAAGGCUCCGGCGGGGGCCUCCACAUCUGCCGCCAUGAGAGGGACUUCGUCCCGGGGAAGACGAUCGUGGAGAACAUCAUCCAAUGCGUGGAGAGGAGCCGGCGCUGUGUGUUCGUCCUCUCUCGCCACUUCGUCCGGAGCGAGUGGUGCCACUAUGAGCUGUACUUUGCCAGCCACCAGCGGUUGACCCGAGGGUCUGACAGUGUGAUCCUGGUGCUCCUGGAGCCUCUGCCUCAGUACAUGAUCCCCUCCAAGUACUAUCAGUUAAAGGCCAUGAUGGGCAGACACACCUAUCUGGAGUGGCCCCAGGACAGGGGCAAGCACAGGCUGUUCUGGGCCAAUCUCAGGGCUGCACUGCAGGCUGACCUGCCCACUGCACCUGUACGAGACGACGUGGAUGAGUGAGAGGGAGAGAGAAAAUAAGACAAAUUGGGGUAGAAAAAUAUUGAUAUAUUUCUUCAACGUUUUCUAGAAAUAUCAAAAAUACUCUCACAUUUGUCAACUUUCCAACAAUCUCACAAUUAUUUAGAACGUCUGUUUUUCUAUACACUUCAUAAAAUGGUGCCGAUUGGAUCAUCUCUAAAUAAUCUGAGUAUCAAAGCCAAUGACAAAUUUUCAAACGUCGCUUUACACACAUGUGUUCUGGCUCUGGCCCAACCCAUUGGUUUUUGGGACCAAUCCAUUCCAGAAAUUGUUGUGGAGGUACUCAAACCAGUCUCAUUGUGGAGAAGAAAAGUAUGUCUGUGGGCGUGCCAUAGCGUUUGGCCGGAGCAAAGAGUUUGGGUAGCCAGGCAACACAAAAUGAUCCAAAAAUGAAAAAGAAACUAAAAGUAUCAAGAAAACCAACGACAGACAGAGAGCAAAUACCACAGACACAGUAGACCAAUCCCUGUUAAGUAUCCCCAAAAACAGAAUCCUUCCCAAGUACAGAAACUUCUCAUGUUAGCAAGAACAUCCUUUGAAAGUCAUUAUCUAAUUUUAAGGCAAGUAGUACAACAAGGGUGUCACACCCUGACCAUAGUUUGCUUUGUAUGUUUCUAUGUUUUGGUUGGUCAGGGUGUGAUCUGAGUGGGCAUUCUAUGUUGGAUGUCUUGUUUGUCUAUUUCUAUGUCUGGCCUGAUAUGGUUCUCAAUCAGAGGCAGGUGUUAGUCAUUGUCUCUGAUUGGGAACCAUAUUUAGGUAGCCUGGGUUUCACUGUGUGUUUGUGGGUGAUUGUUCCUGUCUCUGUGUUUUGCACCAGAUAGGGCUGUUUUUGGUUUUCCACGUUUAUUGUUUUUGUUAGUUUAUUCAUGUCUAGUGUCUUUAUUAAAAAACAUGAAUAACCACCACGCUGCGUUUUGGUCCGCCUCUCCUUCACCUAAGGAAAACCGUUACAAAGGGGGAAAAGUACAGAAGAUUUUACGCUCAUGAGUAACGUUAGCACCACAGAUAAACCCUAGAAAGAGGGAAACAAGUAAUUUAUCUCUUUCUAAUUAUUGUUAUUUGGUCAUAGAGGGGGUCAGGAGUUAAAUUGUCAGGUCUGAUGGAAGACGACGAUGCUCUUCUGGGCACACAAGCGGCACAGCGAACAGCGUUUCACUGUGGACAUUAGACCCAUGAGCCAAAUGUCAGAUGUCAAAGUUGAAGGGGUCAGGGCAGGGACUGGAUGAUGAUCUUCUCAUUGAUACAGAAGCGGUGGAGGACAGUGUGCAGGUUCUCCGUGCAGAGUGACACCUGUCUCUCCACGGCCAGACGGAAGUCCUCCCCCUUAGUGAUGCCACACGUCACUGUACGGUGCCUACAUGGCAGAGGAACACAGACAAUGGGUGUGUAUGAGAAAGAAACGCUUUCUAAUGUUUUCUUCACAUGAAUCAUUUUAUAAAUCAGACACUGUUUAUUUUUGUCCAAACCUCUAUAGCAACAGGUGAGAAAACACAAAUUUAUCAUUGAGAAAACUGUGAGAAAACACAAAUGAUAAAAAUAAAUAAAAAUUACACAACAUCAAGGAAACAACUUUUUCUCACAUACAGUCUUCAUAGUUUUGAAAUUGAGUGAGAGUAUCAGGUAUCUACCAAGAAGGCAAAAUUUUGAAGGGAAGAUUCAACAACGUCAAAAACAAUAACACAUAGUCAAACAUGAAUGUUCACAAAUGCAAUGACAACUAGAGAAUUUUUUUUAUCGAAAUAGACUUCAAAAACAUCAGUAACAACCACAUAAACGGAUGCAAUGGGUCAAACAUGAAAAAAUAUGAAAUUUUCAUGAAAACAUGAAACAUAAAACACAACAAGGACUCGAUGAAAACGGCAGACAAAAUUUAAAUGAGGUUUGGGGCUGAGGGAUGGAGAGAGUGUUUGGCGUAGGGGUGCUGGGCAGGGGUGCCUGUCGGUCGUCUGCACCCCAGGUAGCAGCAGGGUGUUUAAUGUGAUUUGAGAAGCUAUAAGAGAUAAGAGUUUUUUUAAAUAACUUUGCACAGUGAGUAGUCACCGCCCUGAGUGAGGUCAGAGAGUGUUAGCCUGCCGGAACCGCCCCUUUCCUUCAAACUGUACAAAUGAUGGGUUAAGAAAUUAACAUACCAGACCAGAAAGACGUGCAGCUGCACGUUUAAAGUGGUUUGAACUUUGAAUCUCAACACGAGGUAGAGACGAUAAACUCCCUUCCUGGACAAUCACUGGUAUUGCUGAUUAGCUGUCCUAAGUAAAGUAUCUUCGAAAGUGAAUUUACGUAGGACCAUUCUGUCACUCUGCUCAAACCAUCGUAUUAUGCUAUUCUCAUCACCCCACUGGGGAACCAUCGACACGGCUGGCUAGUCUAUCUUCAAAGAAGCAUCUUCAAGAGUGAAUGGGAGGAAAGUCAAUUCUGUAGUUCUGUUCAGGACUACACAACAAGUCACCGGGUACCGGACAACUACGGAGAAGGACAACAGUAGAAGACUUGUCGGAACCAUUUCGGACAAUCAGAGCCUUACAAGCGUGCUGCCAAAAGGCCCAACUUCCUUUCCAAGGCUGCCUUGUUCACGAGAGAGAUCCCUGGCGAACCCAGGCAUUUCACGUAAAUACAUUCAUGAUUUCUAGACAUUCAUGCAAAGUACAUGGUUACUGUAGUUGAGAGUAGUUUCUGAAUGUACCAAUGUUAAGUGUACCAAUGCUAUGUUGCUGUCAUUCCGCUAGGGACCUGUUUUUAGCGUAUUAAGUCCCCAGUCAAUAACCGAUGCAAAGUGUGUAUGUUUAUCCUGUUUCCUAUUUAAUUAGCUAGUAAUAAAUAAUUAAACUAA